AAUGCAGGACUACGAGGACCUGGUGGUGUCUUUCCUGGGGACCUGGGGUCCUUACCAGAGGCGAGUGUUCUUCCUGCUGUGUUUCGCCGUCUUCCCCACGGGGUACAACCUGCUGUGCCCCCUCUUUCUGCUGGCCACGCCCCCGCACACCUGCCGGAACCCCACCCACGCCAACGUGAGCCAGAGCUGGAUCCAGGCUAGCAUCCCAGUCCAGCUGGUGGAAGGACGCUGGGAGCAAAGCGCUUGUCGACGCUUUGAGCCGGACUUCAUCCAGAACCAGAGCGCACCAGUACCAGGACCAGAGGUCCUGCUGUCGGAGCUGAAGCAGGAAGUUUGUAAGGACGGUUGGACCUUCAGCAAAGAGCACUACCAGUCCACUGUGGUCACCGAGUUUAGUCUGGUGUGUGAGGACCAAUGGAAAGCACCUUUUACCUCUGUCGUCUACUUCCUGGGUGGACUGUUUGGAUGCUUCGUCUCGGGUCAGAUCUCUGACAGGCUGGGCAGAAAGCCGGUUCUGUUGGGUUCCAUCGCGGUGCUGAGCAUCUUCAGCGGCGCUUUGGCACUGGCGCCUUCCUGGGAGGUCUUCACCGUCCUCUUCUUCAUGCUGGGGAUGGGACAAAUCAGCUGCUACGUGGUGGUCUUCGUGCUCGGCUCCGAGAUCAUGAUGGGUCCAACAAGAGUUCUGUUCUGCAGUCUGUCUCUGCCUUUCUUUUACGUGUCGGGAAUGUUGCUGCUGUCCGGCACCGCCUACCUGGUCCCAACCUGGCGUAUCCUGGCGCUGAUCAUGGGCUUGCCUGGUCUGGCUUGUGUGCCGCUCUGGUGGUUCUUGCCUGAGUCUCCUCGCUGGCUGGUGUCUCGUGGACGUCUGAGAGAAGCUGAAGUUCUGUUAAAGUCGGCGGCGCUGGAAAACCACGUGGAAGCGCCACAAGUCAUCUUCGACCCCCCCGAGGUGAGUACGCCUUGCGGUCCUGUUCCAAACCACCUAAAGUCUCUGCAGGUGGAGAACCCGGCGAGCCACAAGUCUGUGGGUUUUCUGGACCUGUUGAAAACUCGGAACGUUCGCUACGUCACACUCAUCUUGUGGCUGGUCUGGUUCUCCCUCAAUGUCAGCUACUUUGGCGUGUCCUUCAACAUGUCCAGCCUCUACGGAAACCCGUUCCUCAACUACUUCCUGGUGUCGGUUGUGGAGCUGCCGGCGUACACGGCGAGCUGGCUGGCGGUGCGUCGUCUUCAUCGCCGCCUGUCUAUCACCAGCUUCUCCCUGCUGGGGGCACUGGCGCUGCUGCUGAUCCAGAUCACCGUCAACAGCGAUCCAAAUGUGACCUUGUUCCUGGUUCUGGUGGGUAAAUUUGGCGUCCUGGCUGGCCUCAACGUCUUGUACACUUUCAGUGGCGAGCUGUACCCCACAGUGAUCCGGAACACGGCCGUGGCCUCCUGCGCCACCUUCUCCAGGAUGGGUUCUUCAGUGUCGCCUUACCUGCUGCAGCUGGCCGUGUUCAAUCAGUACCUGCCGUGGAUCAUCGUGGGUUGUCUGUUGGUGCUCAGCGUUCUCCUGUGCGUCCUCCUGCCCGAGACCUUCAGAAGGCCGCUUCCAGACACCAUAGAGCAGAUGGCCACCACGCAGGGGUGUACCUGUGGUGCAAAGCAUGAUGGGAAAGCAGCUGAGGAUCAAACAUCAGUACCAGAGAUCAUCUAUACGAGUCACUUUUAACCCAACUCGAGGACUACAUUCUGUCAAGGCUGGACGGCACUGUCUCAUGUUGUCCACCAGAUGGUGACAAGGCACCACCAGAGCCUCAAGGCUGCUCUUCAUGUCAUUUUUUUUAUUUAUUGAACAGAGAUGUUUAUUGUAAAACUUAGACCAGAGGUUCUUAACCUUGUUGGAGGUACCGAAACCCACCAGUUUCAUAUGCGCAUUCACAGAACCCUUCUUUAGUGAAAAAUAAAAUGUUUAUUUUUUUCAAAUUCAAGACAAAGUUAUAUGUUUUUGGUACACUUAUUAUGGGGAACAUAUUCUAAGUAACAAAGACUUAAUUUAGAGUUAUUUGGUUAGGGUUAGGGCCAUGGUUAGGGUUAUAAUAAAGCCAUGCCGAAUAAGGCAUUAAUAAGUACUUAAUAAUGACUAGUUAAGAGCCAAUAUGUUACUAAUUUGCAUGUUAAUAAUCAAGUAAUUAAUGGUGAAUAUGUUCCCCAUACUAAAGUGUUACCAUGUUUUUUUUUUACUGGUGCACAAAAUGAACCGUGCAUGAACAUCACCUUGUUCAAAGAACAAAACCAACACAGUGCAUAAACUCACAACAAAGGACACACCUGCAAAUCAGUCAGCUGUUGCCGUAUCCGUAAUACGCCGAUAGGGAGAAGUUUGUAUUUACACGAUGAGUCGGGUGUGUUUUGACCUCCGCCGAACCCCUGAGGCCGACUCACCGAACCCCUAGGGUUCGAUCGAACCCAGGUUAAGAACCACUGACCUAGACAAUGUCAUUUUCUGUAAAGGUACCAGCGAGUAAAUAGAUAUUGACAUUCCAUUUGUGUUUGGGUAAAAUACUUGAAGUAGUUUGUGAAAAUAAAAUACUGGCUCAGGAUCUGGAAUCAUUUCCUCCAGAUUUGGUCAAAUAUUUACAAAAUAACUUUGUACUAACUAAGUACUUUGUUCAUAUUAUUAUGUAGUAAUGAAGUAAUCCUUCUUAGGCCCAUUUUCAUUUAGGAUGCCACAUGUUGCUCUCAUGUUGUUUCCUACAUGUUCGUAGUACGCUGGUUAGCUUGUUCUGUUAUUUUCUGCCUCUACAGAUCUUUGUGUAAUAAAUGGUCUAUAUCAUGUAUUCUUCUUGCUACAGGCAUUUUUCAAUCCCUGUG